UGAGGAUGGAGAUGAAGAUGCAAUUCAUGAAAGCAUUCUGGAAACAUCAUCCUCUGAAGCCGAUGAUUUAGAUGAUAUAGAAUAGUUAUUAUUUUGUUAGUUCUUGUCAACAUUUACUUGUCUGUUUCAUUUUCAAGAUAGAAGAUGAGUAGUACUGCUUCGCAUCCCACCGACUCAGACUCGACUGAGUCUCGUGCUACUGAGACCCGUGCUACUGAGACACACGUUUCUGAGACGCAGGCGUCGGCAGUCCGUCCAGAAUUAGCACCUGACGGUAGGCAGAUCUGUUGGUUGGAAAAUGGCAUUUUGAGGCCGACUGAGAACAUCCGACGUACAACUACUUCAAGCUUUCAAGGCUUCAUAGAUCCUGAAGGCGUCAAUUGGAAGAGUUUGUCGCCCAGCACCAUAGACAUAUAUUAUGAUGAGUUUAAGAAAGCUUUUACAUGGGAUGGGGAAGUUUACAGCUCGGACGUCAUUCGUAAGACAUGGAUCUCACAAGCUAGGCAUGCUUAUAAAAAUUUUGUCCAUGGAUGUAAGGUUAUUAUCGAUGAAGGGAGCAGACCUCAAUUUCUUCAUAAAGACAUUGUUACAAAGUGGAAGGAAUAUUGGGCGACACCUGAAUUCCAAGUUAAGUCGCAGCAGGCGAGCAAGAAUCGUCGAUCUGAGCAUGCUGGUCCAGGUACAGGGAUAUCUAUCCACUAUGGAGGCUCUCGCAGUGCUAUUAGUCAUGCUGAGCAUGUGGCUCGAGAGAAGAACAUUUCUAUCGCAGAUGCACAUUAUGAUACUUUCAUGAGGAUGCACUUUAAGAAAGGACAGUUCGAUGGACGGGCACAGACUCAGGGUCUUGAGAUACAUAGUCGAGUCGAGGAGUUACGCUCUACUCUUGGACGAGAUGUCACUCUAGAUGAGGUCAGUCAGAUCUAUAGGGAGGUGGUGACGCUAGAUCCGAAGGGGCGUAGACUCGGAUUGGGCAUUAUGUCUCAGAUGCGUUCCACUGGUUCGACGAGCACUCAUUCGACGUGCUCGUCUCAAUUUCCUUCAGCAGCAGUCUCAGCUCAGAUUGCACAGCUCCAGACAGAGUUAGAGCAGACACAACAGAGAGAGGUUACUCUAUAAGCUACUCUACAGGCUGAGGUGCAGGAGCGACGACGAAAAGAAGCAGAAAUGGAGACUAGGCAGUUGGAAAUGCAACAACAAAUUUCUCAGCUUAUGAAAUUCUUCCAAUCAUCCUCAGGGUCGUUCCCCCGUUCCUCGUCUCCACCCUAAAUACAUGUUUUGUACUUAUUAUAUAUUGUUAUUAGAUUUUUAUUUAGAUGUUUAUGAAUUUAUUACACUAACAGGUAUCCUUUAUGAUAUUUUAUUAGUUUGAUUUUGA